ACUUGCAUAUCAUAAACCGUUCAAAGAUAGAUUCACCCAUGCGUGAAAUAGUCACGCUAGUAGCAUAGCCUGGCUCUACCUAUAAACCCUCCAUCUACACGAACGUUUCUUUCUCCUCUAUAAGCUCCAAGUAAAGAGAAGAGUCCCAAAGCCCCAACUAUCAAAAGAUACAGUCUUAUCCCUCCCACACCCAUUCUCCCACUAUAUCUGCAACAAUGGCGAUUUUGUGCCCUUCAUAAAAAAAUUUCCCCUCUGCAAGACAUUUACUCAUUAAUCUCUAGAAAGGGUCUUUGUGAUUAUCGAAAAUGGCAACAAUCGCUGCAUGUUCUUCUCACUUGUUAUCUGCUUCUACCCAUUUCCAUGGCUUCCCUAAAACCUAUCUAAAAAUUCAUUCCCCUUUUCUUCAUAAGCUCAAGGAUUCAACUCAGUAUCUUGAAGCACACAAAUGUGGUUUGAGCAUGAAACAAAACCAAGUGAUUCUGAAUACUAAGCCAAGUAUCUGUUCUGCUAUAAAUAUGGCCACAGGCGAGUCUGGUGAUCCUGAAAAAGUAAAUUUUGACAAUAUAAAAGAGAAGGCAAGAAGACUGUGGGACAGUUCUCCUCAACCUGUGAAGAGAUUUCCUUGGAACAGAGCUUUGGAGAACUUUGUUCAACUCAUACUUGAUCUUACACUAGCAGUGGUCAAAUAUCUAAGUGUACCCGUACUGGCAGUUUCAUCCCUCAGUGAGAUGUCCUACUGUGCGCAUCAAAGGAAGUUGACCAUCAUCCCUGUUCCCCUACUCCUUGGCUUUGUACUCGCCGGGUUUCUGAAAGAAACUGCCUUGGAACUUUCUCCUCUUCUCAAGGAUGCAGAAGUUCCAUGGCACCUGAUUGCAAUAGCAAUAUUCUUCACAUUGGUCAAACUGCCAGGCCCAUAUUACCCAUACUGGGGGCGGAUUUUCAUUCCUCACAUUGCAAAUGGAGCAUUAUUCAGGACUCUAUGGUUUAUGUUUUUGUGGUAUCGCAGAUCCAAAAUAUCAGGAGCUGAGUUGCCAAAUAGUCUGGUAAAUGUCAGAGAUUCUGAAAUUGAAUAAGCAGUAAUCUCAAGAGAUUGCAUUUUGUGUCUGAGAAACCGGCCAGGACAAGCUGCUUGGGAAAAUAUAUCAGAACUGGAGAAGGCUUCGACAAACCUAACCGGCUGGUGAUUGGGAUUUUCAGCUUGAAACUUUGAGCACCAAAAAUGCCCCAAUCUUUUAUUUUUUCUGUGUGCGUGUCUUGUUUCAUUUAACCUUGAGUUUUGGGAGAGAAACUGGGGAACUUGCGGCUGUGUAGUCUUCUUUUCUGGACAGAAUAUCACGAGGAUUUGGUCCAAACAGUGGCUAAAAGCUUGCAUAUAGUGGCAGUAGUGAAAAUUUUUAAAUACAUAAAUUACGCUUUCAGUAUUUGUGAUAAAUGCAAAGUUGGUAAAUUUUCUUUUGAAAGCGAACCUUUGACUCUUCUAUCUAUACGAGCAGCUGGUAUUCCGAAA